AUGGUUCAUACAAAGCAAAUAGCAUGUAAAACUACCAGAGGCAAGGCUCCAAGGAAGCAGCUUAUCAUCAACGCAGCCCGUAAAUCUUCCCUAACAACUGAAGAAGUUAAGAAGCCUCAUAGGUAUAAACCCGAAGCUAUUGCUCUUAGUGAAGUCCACAAGAACCCGAAGAGUGUUGAGUUGUUGAUUAGAAAAUUGCCAUUCCAGAGGCUUGUUCGUGUAAUUGCACAUGACCUCAAGACUGAUUUGCGUUUCCAGAGUCAUGCUAUGUUGGCCUUGAAGGAAGCAGUCGAGGCAUACCUUGUAGGAAUGUUUAAAGACGCAAAUAAUGUUUAAAUACGCAAAUUUGUGUGCGAAUCAUUCUCACAGCCCAUUUAGG